AUGUUCGUAGAGGAACUCAACGAGAUGCCAGUAAGUGAAUCGUUUCUUUACGCUCCACUUGUUGCAGUACCGAGAAGCAAACCGCCUGAUAUAAGUUCGGCCCUAUUGAAUGAGCGUACCAUCUUUAUUGGAUAUCCAAUACAGGCUGAGCUGGUGAUAGCACAACUGCUUUAUCUGGACCACGCAUCACAGAAGCCUAUAACAAUAUACAUCAACAGUGACGACAGUCCGGUAAACGAAGACCCAUUAUCCAGCUGCGAUAUAUACGCGCUUAACAUCGUUGAUGUUAUGAGUUACGUGAAGAGCGACAUAAUAACAGUGAACUUGGGCAAGGCGUACGGAUCAGCUGCGUUGAUUUUGGCAUCAGGCACACCGGGCAAACGGUUGGCACUUCCAAAUUCAUUCACGGCGUUGCGCCAGUCUGCGGUUUCCUUAGAGCUCAUGCCAGCUGCAGACAUCUGCAUAUACUCGAAAGAAAUAUUGAAGGCGAGAAGGCAAAUGAUAUGUAUGCUGGCUAGGUGUUGCGGAAAAGGUGAGGAUGAUGUAUUGCAGACUAUACAGCGCGGAUGUUAUAUGGGUGCUCAACAAGCUGUUGAAUACGGCUUAGUCGACAAGAUUAUCGACGAAUACGCUGUAAAUUGA